AUGAGUUUACACGACUUCGCUGUUGUAAUUAUCGUCAGCAUAUUAUUCGGAGUUGCAGACAGGGGACAGGCUGAAGAACAGAACGAUUUUUCAACACCGGUCGAAUGUGGACGGCGCCAUAUAAGGAAUACUGUUUCCGAAAGAAUCAUGAACGGCACCGACGCAAAACCGGGCAACUGGCCGUGGAUGGUGGGGCUGUAUACUCGCAACGAUACCUUUCAUUGCGGCGGCGUUUUAAUAAGCGAGCAAUUUGUGCUGACCGCUGCGCAUUGUUUUCACAACAAGAACGCCAGCUUUCUGUCUGCGCGUCUCGGAAGCACAAACAAAACAAGGGCCACAGAUUGUUCUGAUGAAACAACUCGACGUGACGCCGCAGAACGGAGUGACACAACAGAGAGCGACGCGACGCAGAACGUCAAGGUCACUUGCGUUGAUGUUGAGGUCUGCAUCCCAGUUCAGGACGACUGUAACUUCUUUAUGAAAGACAUUGCGAUAUUGAGAUUAAAAAGACCUGUAAACUUGACAGAUUUCAUUCGGCCAAUCUGCCUUCCGCAAAACUGCGUCGAACCGCGUUUAGACGUACGCACCUAUAUUGCAGGCUGGGGCAAAAUCGAAGUGGUUGAAGACUCGUACGAGUAUGACUACGAAAGCUAUGAAGACUCCGAAGAAGGAGGAGAUGACGAAAUUUCAGCGGAAGAAGAAAUAAGCGAAAGGUCACCUUCAGGACCAGCAGUAAUGGUGAAAGAUGACCAAACACACACGCUGAAAGAAAGAGAGAUUUGCCUUAUUACUAAGGAGGAAUGCGAACACCAACUUAACAGAACUGUACCGGACUAUACCGUAUGCUCCACUGGAGGAACAUGUCGAGGAGACAGCGGGGGACCAUUGAUGUACGAGGACAACGGAACGUGGUUCCUUGCUGGAAUCCAUUCCGCAUCAGAUCGUAAUUGCUAUGAGCCCGAGGUGCCAGCGAGACAUAUAAAAGCGUCAUAUUUCAUUUCAAAAUUGAUCGAACCCUUUAUGCAGCGAACUAAUAACAAUGAAGGAACGAAUAAUAGUGUAUGCGCCGCAGACGAGGCACGCAUAGAGUGUGUAACAAACUUUUAUGGGUCUUACAAUAUUUCAGUAGAACCCGAAACAAGUGAACAAUAAAAAAAUGCUUGUUGAUCCACU